AUGCCGCCGAAAUCAAAGAAGGGCAAAAAGGCCUCCACAAAGAAGGUUGUAGAAGAUACCACACCCCCUGUGGAAACAGAAACCCCCGUGGACGACGAUGCGAUGCAAACAGACCAACCCGAACCCGAACCAUCCACAUCAACAUCACUCGCCGACACAGCUGCUUCGCUCGUUGAGACUUCGGAGCAAGUUGUGGCACAUGCAGUAGAAGCUAUCAAGGAAAAGGUUGUGGAUGUUGCGGAAGCUGCUGAAGAGUUUGUGGAGGAUAUGACAAUGGGUGAUGCGGAGGAGAGCAAUGCUGCUGGUUCAAGCAAAUCCGGGGAUGUAACACCUGCGGAGCCAGAAGUAGAGGAAAAGGUAGAGAAGAAGAAAAUGACGCUUGAAGAACGGAAAGCCAAGCUGGAUCAACUGCGGAAAAAGAUGGCUGCUUCAUCGAAAGCCAACCGCACGGCACUUGUAGAAGAAUCAGCAAAAGCCAAAGUAACUGCUCGUGAAGCCGCACGACUAGAAAGGCAGAGGAAGCUAGCAGAAACAUUGCGUUUGAAGGCUGAUGCGGAGGAAAGAGGCGAGGAUGUGGAACGACAGAAGAACUGGGAAUACACUAUUGAAGAGAAUGACGAAUGGGAAAAGAAGCUAGCCCGCAAAAAGCGGAGAGCAGACUUCGAGUUUCAUGAUGACGCCCAUGCUGCUCGAAGACGGUAUAAGAAAGAUUUGGACCAUAUUAAGCCCGACCUUGUUGCCUACAACCAACAGAAGGCUAUUGCUAUGGGCCAGAAUGCAGGUGCUCUCGUAGGCUUUGAUCCAAGCUCGGGAUCAUCAUCCGAGGUGGCUAUCAGCCAGGAACAAAGACUGGCUGCGGAGAACUUGUACAGGGAUGCCAAUACUCUCAUCUAUGGCGAUAACAAGCCUUCAGAGGAUGCUAUUGACAGAGUGGUUAGCAAAAUCAACAAAGAUAUCGACAAGAAGGGCAAGUUUUCCCGCAAGCGUCUCAACGAGGAGGAGGGCGAUAUCACAUAUAUCAACGAGCACAAUCGUGUAUUCAACAAAAAGAUUGCUCGUUACUACGACAAAUACACCUCCGAGAUUCGUGCAAGUUUCGAACGUGGAACUGCCCUUUAA